AUGGCGCGAAACUCGAAGCUAGUAGUCCCUCACAACCCGUGCAUUGUGUGCCGUGUUCUGGUCGUCGUGAUGCUUCUCGCUUCCGCCACUACGAGUAGCCCCUUCCGUGCGGCCGCGGACGGCGGUCGUCCGCCCGUAGGAGCUGCGCCGCUGCGCCGGGUGGCGGCGUCCGCAACGCCGAGUCAGGCGCGCAUCAAGCUGCAACCGACGCAGCUACAAGUGCUGCUGGCCCUGAACAGCGCAUGGGGCGCCUGGUCCUGUGAAUCGUCAUGUGUAUUCUGCGACGAAUGGUGGGUCUUCUACUUCGUUGGCUCCGUGGAAUGUAACACUCACGGCAUGGUGACCUCACUGUUCUUGACUUCAACCAGUAGUCAUAUAGUAUUUGGAGUCGUGCCGUCAGACAUCACAGCCUUGACAGCUCUCCAAAAACUGGAGUUGCCAUGGUGCCAUUUCAUUGGAAGCCUGGAGAUUCUCGGCCACCUGCCCCACUUGCAAUACGUUGAUUUCAGCUUCAGCAGCUUCAAUGGGUCCAUCCCUGACGCCAUCGGCAAUGCCACAAGUCUGCAGCACCUUGACCUGGCGGAAGUUGCUUAUCUCGCUGGAAGCCUCCCAUCCACGAUCAGCCGCCUCACUGCACUCACAUACCUGUCCUUUGGAAAGAAUCAGUACUUUGUCGAUCCUAAUUUCCCUGAGGACCCACCAAGCAUGCUUGCCAUCAUGGCUACCAUGAGCGCCCCUGUGCUGCAAGGCCCCAUGGCCGACCUCUCCUGCCUCGCCCCGCUCACUCGCCUCCGCCACCUCGCUCUCAUGACUCUCAACCUCACGGCCGGAGAGCUGCCUUCCUCUCUCUCUGCCCUUACUUCACUCACAACCCUUGACAUAAAGUUCCUUUCCAUCACCAGCACGCCGCAAUGGAUUGCAUCGCUCCCCAACCUUUCCACAUUGGAUGUCACCGGCAACUUCAACGUCCACCGCUCUGCACCGUUUCCUACCGAGUGGAUGGCGCUCACAGGGCUGGAGACUCUGCGGGCCGGUCUGAAUGGCUUCACUGGCUCUAUCCCCUCAACCAUCUCCGCCCUCACCGCCCUCACUGACCUGUAUGCCCGCCUUCCCACCCACUCUACACUUCCUUGCUCCUCCUUCCACGAGAUCCAAUCUGGAGAUGAAGGAGUCAUGGAAAGGGAAGACGAGAAAAAGUGA